AUGCUCAUCGAAGAAGCCUUAGUCUGGUGGGAAGCAACAUAUGAAGCCCUCAAUGAGUAUGACCAAGAGAACUUAUCUUGGGAAAUGUUUAGAACUCGCUUGUUAGGAAAGUAUUGUCCUUUUGACAUGAGGAGAAGAUUGGAGAAAGAAUUCCUCGAGCUUAAACAUGGAGGAAUGAUUGUGAUUGAUUAUGAAACUCAAUUCAAUCAAAAAGCACAGUUUGCUACAAAGUAUAUUCCAACUGAAGACGAUAAAACUCAGUUAUUCCUGGAUGGACUACGGUAUGAAAUCCACGAUUUCGUGGCUAAUCGAGAUGUUCUAUCAUUUGAGAAAGCCGUUGAGUAUGCUCGAAAGCGAGAGCAUGACUUAGAAAUACGUGGUGCCAAUUUUUCUGUUUCAAAGCAUCCACGUAUUGAUCGAACUACACUUUUUUCCUUUAUUCCAUUAACUCAAUCUGUUCAAACUGUACCUGGUAAACAAGUGCAAACUCAAAAUGCCCCUCGUGUCCGCGGUAUGUCAAAAUCUUUUUCUCUUCAAUCUCCAUCGUGUCGAAAUUGUGGAAAGAAUCAUAUGGGUGAAUGUAGAUUAGAAAAAGGAUUAGUGAUCUGUUAUGGAUGUGUAGAAUUAGGCCACAUGAAUUCUGUUUGUCCGAUGAACAAUGUUACAUGCUUUGCUUGUGAUGUUGCUUGCCACAGGAAGCGUUUUUGCCCUACUCUUACUAGUUAG